CAGCGCACCCUGUCGGCGGACAUUCGAAUUAGUGGCUUUUAAAUUUGCUACCAUUUACGCGUUUACGUGUGUUCGCGCUUAAAAACCGUUGUAUUCAUUAAGGUUUAUAAUUACAAUAAGUUCUUGGUACUAAUUAACAUUUAAAACGCAAUAUUAUCCCUUGUUUUCGCGAUAUUACAGAAAGUUUGCUUCAAGACGAUUAAAGUAGUUUGCUGUCUAGGUUAACUCUCAUUAUAAAGUGAAUUUACCCAAUUUUCGAUAGUUUCGAUGAAUUAUAAGUAUUUGGGCUGUUUAAUGGACUGCCCAGAAACAUUUUAAUUAAUGGAAUAUGCCAAGGAAAGACGGAAAUUUAAUAGAAACCUAUUCAAACCGUAUUUAAUUAAUAAAUACCCCAUUUAUGCAAGGCAAUGCACCGCUUAUAACACUGCAGUGGAUGAAGUACCAAUAAAUAAAAAAGUUCUACGAGUAUUGUUAAAUGAUGCAGAAUUGAAGGUAAAAUUAGCCAAAGAAAACCAACGAACCCUUAAAAAUAAAAAGUUUGGCAAAAUCUCCCACCAUGCGAAUAGUGUAAAAAAAAGAACAUCCAAUCAAUUAAAGAAUUCUGAAAACAUUCGUCACCAAAGCAAACGCGUUUUUAUGAAUAGAAUGGACCUAAAAGAGAAGAUAAACAAUAAAUUCCAAACUUUUGACAGCUCAAGAUUAAAUAAAAACGAACAGGAGGAUGUGUUUGACUAUGAAAACUUUGAAUUGACCCCUGUUCACAUUAUACCAAAAAGAAAAUUACCAGUGUAUUCGAGAACCUCAUAUUACUACUUAAACAUGCCUAAAAUGGUGGAAUGCCAAGAAGGCAUGUUAAAUUACGAUUUCAACAAACUGGUCAAGGAUGUGAAGACGAUGAAGCUGCCAGCACCUGAAUGGAGGAUAAAGAUUAUGGUCAAAAAGAAGGCCAUAACCGGGAUUGUCUUUACAGACAAAAAAGAACUCGAACGAUGUGUAACGUUUAGUUUAAAGAGUGCAAACUACAAAAUAAUGAUUGACAAUAAACCAGUGUUGUUAAUGGGAGCCCCCAUAACUAUAAACAGUGUUGCCGAGUUGGAGGUUCUAUUGGAUAUAGUGGCGAGUAUUCCGUGCGACGAUCAGAUGCUUAUGUAUAAGUAAAAAUUUGUGUUUUUUAUAAUUCUUUUUUUGCUGUGUUAUGUAGACUGUAAUCAUUGUAUUUCUUUUGAUAUAAAAUAAACUUUUUGGGUCGCUGUGGA